GGGAAGAAGGCCGCUGGAAUCUGAGGGCGGCGGAUAAGGGAGACGGCGGUUGCGUUGGAGGCUGGAUCCGUAUCCUGACGGCGUGCAAGAGCUGCCAAGGGAUAAUAUAGAAUAUACAAGACGAAACUUGACCCAAAGAUUUCUAUUAACUCCUUUUGUGGUAGUUGAAAGCAAUGGAAGAGCUUCCAGAACUCUAUGCUGUUUUCCAAGGAGAGAUUGCUUCUGUGACAGAAUAUGGAGCAUUUAUAAAAAUUCCAGGAACUCAAAAACAAGGCCUCGUUCACAAAAGCCAAAUGUCAAACUGUAGAGUGGACAACCCCUCAGAGAUGGUAGAUGUUGGAGAAAAGGUGUGGGUGAAACUUAUAGGAAAAGAGAAGAAGGAUGACAAACUGAAACUAUCUCUUUCCAUGAAAGUUGUUAAUCAAGGAACUGGAAAGGAUUUAGAUCCCAAUAAUGUUGUUCUUGAUCAAGAUGCACGGAAAAAAUCCACAUUUAAAGACUAUACCAGUCAAAAGAUCACCCUAGAAGCUGUUUUGAACACAGUGUGUAAGAAGUGUGGUUGUCCAGGUCAUUUUGCCAAAGAUUGCUUCAUGCAGCCAGGGGGGACAAAAUAUACCCUUAUACCAGAAGAUGAAGCAGUCCCUGCAGAAGAUGAGAAGAAAGCCCACCACUCUGUGAAGAAAAGGAAAAAGGAUAAAAAGAAAAGAAAGAAACGUAAGAAUGCAGACUUGCAGGCUUCUGACAGCACCAAUUCCGACAGCGGGAAUCAGCCAGCUCGGAAGAAAGCAAAACACAAGUUAAAAACCAGUCCAUCUCAGAAGAGGAAAAAGAAGCAUCAUAAGAAAAAGCACAAGGAAUGAGGAUCCGACUCUGGGCUGCGGGUGUUGCGGGUUGUGGCUUCCAUUUCCUCUGGCCAUUAGUUGGAAAAAGAGCUGAACCAGUAGGAUGUGUUAGGAUAAAAUGGUUUUCCUUCUUUGAAAAUCAACUUUGUUUCUCAAGGCUUAUCACAAGGAUGGCUAGUCUUCUCCCAUAACGUAGAAAGGAAGGAGCCGCUUGCCACUGGGUGGUUCCUUCACCCAGAAGUUGGCUUUAUUCUUGUUAAAUUUUACUCUGUUCUUUCAUUUCUUCACGCCUGGAUUUCAGUCAGCCUCUUUGGAGCAACCCAGAGCUGUCUUGCAGAAACCUGUAUGGGGUUGGCAGUCAGUGCAUUUCCUCACUAGGGAAACAGCUGUGUGUUGAUUCAGCAUCUGCCAGUUAGUGUCUGCCUACCAGCAGAAGCAGCUGUGGAUGUACCCUCUGGCUUGACAGGGACUCAUUGUUGAAGAACAAAUCACACCACUGCAUUCAGUUGUCCUAUUUGUCCAGUAAUGCUGUAGGAGGAAGAACUCAGGUACAGGAGCACUUGUCAUAAAAACUGAGAAAUGAGCCAAGUGUUUACCUUUGAACAAUGAAUAAAGGUUUUGUUUGUGGGGUU